UUCAUUCCCUAAUUCUCCCAGAACUCUCUCUCUCUCUCUUUUCGUUUUGUUUCUGUUCCUUCGAACAACUUCUAAAUCUCUCUGUACAUAGAAGAAACCAAAGAGCUUCAUUAAUGGCGGCCAAUAAAUUUGCAACCAUGUUGCAUAAAAAUACAAACUGGAUCACUCUUGUUCUUGCCUAUGCAUUGCUGGAAUGGAUUCUGAUCGUUCUCCUCCUCGUCAAUGCUCUCUUCUCUUAUCUGAUCAUCAAAUUCGCUGAUUACUUCGGUCUUCAAAGGCCUUGCCUUUGGUGUUCCAGGCUCGAUCGUGUCUUUGAGCCAUCGAAGUACAACAAUUCUCACAGAGAUCUUGUGUGUGAUGAUCAUGCCAACGAGAUUUCUAGAUUGGGUUAUUGUUCGAAUCAUCGAAAACUAGCGGAAUCCCAAGAUAUGUGUGGGGAUUGCUUGUCCUCCUCGAGGUCGGAUUGUUGUGACUUGUCAAAGAAGCUAGCCUUUUUCCCAUGGAUGAAGCAGGUUGGUUUGAUCCAAGAUGGUGAAGGUGAUAAAGUGAUGGAAAAUAGUGAAGAGAAUUCCAAGUGUUCUUGUUGCGGUGUGAUGUUGGAGAAAAAGUGGAACUUUCCUUAUCUUCUGAUUAAGCCUUCUUGGGAGGUUCUGGAUUAUCCCCGGAAAGGGAAUUUAAUUGCUGAAGAUGGAGGAUUUGAUGAUGUUGCAGAUGAAGAAGGCAAUGCUUCAGAUGGUACCAGGUCAGAUAUUUUGGCUGAUUUUAAGGAAGAUGAACAAAGGGUUCAAGAAAACAAUAGUGAUGAGAUCUUACCUGAUGGUGGUGAUGGUGAUGAUGAUGAGGGUGUUAAAGAUCAAUCGGAAGAAGAGGAGCUUUCAUGUUUUAUUUCUAGUUUUAAUUGCAAUCAAAUUGCAGCUGAUGAUAAUGAUUCUGGGGUUGUAGAGAAGGGUCUAGUUUCAAUGGAUGCCAACGAGUUGACUCAAGUCGGUGCUAGCAAAGAGGAGUCUCCUGAAAUUCAGCCUGUUCAUCUCGAGUUCUACAUCGAAGGGGAUGAUUGCCAUUUGAUUCCAGUUGAAUUGAUGGAUUCUGUUGCUAUGGAAAGCCAAAGAAGAUACAAAUUUAGAGAGGAAGAACUAGGUAUAGGUGGUAAUGGAGAUGUUAUAUUGGACUUUGAUUUGCAUUCCGGGACACCAUUGGAACCAAUGGCGGAGAAUAGUUGCAAUUCAGGAGAGAAAGUGACAUUAAUUUCACCCCAUGAAAGUGAGAAUGAAGCCAUUGUUGAAGUGGUUGAACCGAUGGAGUCCAAUGAGAUGAAGGAGAGCUUUUCAACACAUGCAAGAGAGGAAGAUGAGCAAGUUCAAGCUAAUUUGACCCCUCUGAAUGAAGCUGAUGAAGUUCAAGGAAAUGCUGCAAUAGGGGAAGGGAAAAUGGGAGUAGAUGUUAAUCAAGCUUGUGAUGAGCAAAAUGAUGAAAUUGAAGCAGAGAUCUCAAUAGGGACAUAUAUUUCUGAUCAUGAACCAAUUGAAGAUAUUCAAAUGCAGCUUUUGUUUGAAUUCACAGAAGAAGAUCCCUCCUCCAGUUCUUCUAAGUUGCAUGUACAUGCUGAUCAUGGCUCUGAGAAUGCCGAGGAAGAAACAUUACAGUUUAAAACUAUGACAGUUGCAACAUGUGACCAAGCAGUAAGAAACCAUUUAUCAGUAUCUUUACAGCUUAAUGGGAUGGAGGAUGAUAAAGUUCUUGAUACACCCACUUCGAUAGACAGUAUCCACCUGUUGCACAAGAAGUUGCCAUUGCUCGAAAAAGGAGAAUUGGGAGCGGAAGAUUCGUUGGAUGCAAGUGUUCUUAGUGACGCUGAGUGUGCGGAUGGGGUACUGACUGUUGAGAAGUUGAAAUCAGCACUAAAAGAUGAAAGGAAGGCUUUAAAUGCAUUGUAUACUGAACUCGAGGAAGAGAGAAGUGCUUCUGCAGUAGCAGCGAGCCAGACUAUGGCAAUGAUAAAUCGGCUUCAAGAAGAGAAGGCGGCAAUGCAGAUGGAAGCCUUGCAGUAUCAGAGGAUGAUGGACGAACAGUCCGAGUAUGACCAGGAAGCUUUGCAUCUCCUGAAUGAACUUAUGGUCAAGAGGGAGAAAGAGAAGGCGGAGCUUGAGAAGGAGUUGGAGAUAUAUCGUAAUAGGGUGCAGGAAUAUGAGAUGAUAGAGAAAAUGACAAUGCGGAAAAGGAUUGAUGACAGCACUAGGAGUGCAACCUCUGCAUCUUGCAGCAAUGCUGAAGACAGUGAUGGACCAUCAGUCGAUUUGAACCAUGAACCAAAGGAAGAAGACAGCUUUGGCAACCAUCAAGAGGACAUCAACCAGAAUACCCCUGCUGAUGCAGUUUUGUAUCUAGAGGAAUCAUUGGCUAGCUUCGAGGAAGAGAGGCUAUCGAUCCUAGAGCAGCUCAAAGUCUUGGAAGAGAAACUGGUUUCAUUGAAUGACGAAGAGGGACAUUUAGAGGAUGUAAAAUCAGUUGAAUAUUUGUUUAAAGAGAAUGGCAAUGGCUUGUAUGAGAGUUUUGAUAUCACCUACGAAACAAAUGGGGUUGCCAAAGGUCAUUUCAAGGGAGUGAACGGGAAACAUCACCAAGAGAAAAAUCUCAUGGCUGCAAAUGCAAAGAGACUCCUCCCACUUUUUGAUGCCGCUGAUGAAGAAAUUGAGGAUGGGAUAUUGAAUGGACACGAUAAUGGCUUUGACCCUGUUGCCUUGCAACUGCCCUCACCCGCCAACUCCGAGCAAGAUAGCAAAAGGAUGUCUAUUGAGGAAGAAGUGGACCAUGUUUAUGAGAGACUGCUAGCACUUGAGGCAGAUAGGGAGUUUCUAAAGCACUGCAUUAGCUCCUUGAGGAAAGGAGAUAAAGGAAUCUAUCUUCUUCAAGAAAUUUUACAUCAUCUUCGCGAUUUGAGGAGUGUUGAACUCCGAGUAAGGAGUAUCGGAGAUGCCGUUAUAUAGUUGCAUGCACCAGAAUACGUACACUUGGAAGGCUAAUUGAAUGCACGAAUGGAGUUGCAUAACCACUACACAUUUAGGAUUAGGAAAAAGAGAUACCAAGUCGGGCGAGGGUCAACAACAUGAUGGAAUUAAAAUUCCACAUUUUUAAAGAAUUUUCAAUGUGAAAGUCCCUUAAUGGAGAGGGAAGCUUCUUUUGUGGUCUGUUUGGGGGUGGACUGGAAAACUGAAAGACUUUCAUUCCCCUUUGCAAUUGCUGGGUUUUCAGUGUCCAAGUAAUCCCAAAACUUGUGAGGUCUCAGCUCUUCAUCACCUUUUAGAGAAAAAGGAAGAUGGUGAGUGUAUGUGUGUGUGCGCGCAAAGCUUAGUUAAGGUGAAAGCCAAUCUGGCAUUUUGUAUGGCAUGGCCUGAAGAGCUGGAGUGAUCCAACAAAGAGUCCUUUGCCAGAUGCAUUAACAUUAGUUUAUUCAGACAAUUAGAACUAGGAAGCCCCUUUUUUUUUCAUUUUUUUAUAAUAUUCUCAAGGGAAAGAAAGGGUAAAUAACCCCAUUUUCCAUCUCAUCUGUUGCAUCAUUUCAUCAUCUGAUUUGGGUCUGUUUCUAUUUCUGAGGGGCAAAGUUGAGUUACAUGUAUACACAUGCAUCCAUCUGUAAGUAUAUAAAGUGAGUGUUUGCAUUGUUUAUGUU